AUGUGCAAAACGUCACCGGAGACGUGCCAUCGCUCCAGCGUCCUGCAGCAGCUGGAGACCUGGGCGCAAUUCCCACACCGUGCCCAGCUCCUUUUUGUGGAGCAGCUGGCGGUGGAGCUCUCUGAGCAGUUGGAUGUGCAAGGCGAUGCCUCGUCCAGGUGCGGCACAAUUUCAGACCGCAAUGAGCAUCCACAGCCGUCAGCAUUUCCGCAUGAUGCCUUGGUGUACAUUGCCACGGACAAUGGUCAGUCACUGCUCGGAUUUCCGAAAAUGACGCCGUCAGAUGCAAGCCUUGGUCCGCAGCUAAAGCGCAAGAGCUGGGGCUCCGCUUCCACCCGGUCGGGCUCAUCGGAGGAUGACUUGGAAGAGCAGUGCGGCGAGAGUUCAGAUCGCAAUCAGCAGCCAUCAUUGCCGCAUGCUGCCUUGGUUGGCAUUGCCACGGAGAGCGGUGAGUCACUGAAUUUUUCUCCCAUGACGAUGCCGACAAAUGCAAGCUCUAUUCUUCAGCCCCGGGAGAAUGUCCGUGAACCCCCAGCCUUUCUGGAUGUCUUUAGCCCGUUCGAGCUUCCACAGGAAGUGGUGCUCAAUCUCUUGCCGUACCUCUCUGUGGAUGACCUCAUGGCGUGGCGAGCGACUUCCCGCCAGACCAGACGUCCCAGAGUCUUGAGACAGCACCUGUCCGAAAUGGGCAGGUUGGACAGGUCCCGGUGGGACCACAAUGCUUACGAUCACUUCUCUUUCGAGCGCUGUUUAGAAGAAGAUGGCCUGCGACGGAAGUUCUUCCAGUUUCACGCGCACACUCGUAUUAAAUGCUACGGGUUUGGCGGCCCGCCUUUCGUGAAGCAGUUGAUUGCCGAAACCAUGCUUGACCAGAUGGAAGACCUGCUGCCAGAGUCCGCCGAAAUCAGCGAAGAUGCCUUGGAGCAGGCAAUGCAGUGUGGAGAGCAUCUUACCAACGUUCUGCGCGCACUGACGAAGCCUCAGCGUCAGAAGUGGUUGUCCCUGCUGGUCAGAGCCCUCCACAUUGCGGAGGGUCAUGCCCAAUUCCAGGAGACACUGAUUUCUGACCUGAAGCUCCUGUGGCUAGUUGAUGACGAUCCCAGACGAACCUAUGCGGAAGCAGAGCAGAACAUCGAUGUCGAUGCAGAGUCGAACAGUGUAGAAAAGACGCUUCCCAUUGGUGUGCCGGUGAUCAACAGCGCGCGACCACACGAGGUCAUGCUGCCCAUCACCGACAAUGCCCUUGAAGGAGUGCUCUAUGGGUUCCGGGCGAAGAUCCAGAAUGCCCUGGUGUCGCCCAGCUCUCAGGAGGAGCCGACAGCGAACCGUUGGACGGUUCAGGUGAUCCUAGCGUCCGGCCUCACGAGCCUAGCUGGCCGCGCAGAGGCUUUCGUCACAGCCAAAGCCGGCAGCUUCGAGGGCGCGCCCCUGGAAGUCCUCCGCGCCUGCGACGUGGCGGCCUCCUCCCCGGUCUUCCUCGCGCAGAAUCAGGUCACCGUCUCCUUCCUCGUGGCCAGUAGCAUCUACACCAGCGACACUUCUGUGGGAAGCGUCCACGUCAUAGCUCCGCUCGGCUUCAGCUUCCCGACGGUCUGCCAGGUGGAGGAUGCCAUUCCAUCGCUGGAGGAGGUUUCGACCCGGGUCAUCACUUCUCUGUCCUACACCUCCUGUGAGGGCUUCGUGAACACGGCCGUGAUCCGUCUCGCCAGGGCGACGGCGGUACCACGCGGAAGCCAGGUUCGCUUGCGCAUCGAGCUCGUGAACCCGGCCCAGCCUCCUUCGGAGACGCGGUGGAAUGUUGCGACUUUCCAGGGCUUCGCCAAGCUUGAAGAGUGUGAGAAAACAGUUCCGACGUUCCAGCUUCUGCAGCCCUUGAACCAGGCCCUGGUGGCGAGAAGCGCCACAGGGCAAGAUCUCCGCCCCGGCUCGCUCGGCGUCUACGAGUUCUUCUUCGCCUACCCGGAGCGCACUGCCGACGAAGCGGCCCAGGUCGGCUCCGGCCUCGUGACGCGGAGCGAGGUGCAGAUCACGUUGCCACCUGGUUUCCGAGCGCCACCAGACUGCCUGUCAGGCGUUAGCAGCAGCGCCAGCAGCUUGGGUGCCACAGGGAGCACGGCAGCCAAGCUGCCGGACUUCGUCGCUUGCAUUGGGUCCGGCCGGAUCUUCACCGCUACCUUGAAGAGCCUCAUAAGCCCGCUGGUGACGUACCGGAUGAGCAUCACCGUUCAGAAUCCCCCAGCAGACUUUGAAUACUCCUCCCAAGACUCGCGGUGGCAGUUGCAAGUGGAGUCGGCCGCCGUGGGUGGCCUGGAGGGGCCUGCGCUUCGGACCCUGACAGAGGUGCAGAUCCUGCCGGGCAAUGUGCACGAAAGCAGCGCGGGGUUCUGCAUGAUCCACUUCCGGACGGCUUCGCAGGUACCAGCCUCCGGCUCUGUUUAUGUUGAAGUGCCCGCCGAAUUCGAUGCGGACUGUUCCGGUGGCCUCUACGACGCACAGACGAACGAGUUGGGAGGCAAUGCCGUCGCGCAGGGGACGCCCUGCGUGGUGCAACGGGCUGAGUUGCCGGGGCAGCCGCACGGCUUCGUUCUAGGUCCCUUGACGAGCCCUUUGUCCAGCAACGCGGCCUACCUGCUGGCCUUGGGUCUCCAGACCGGGGGCCCAAGCUCCGAUACCUCGGCCACCUGGGCAGUGAAGACGCGGCUGCCGGAUGGUGAGAGCAUCGACACCUCCCGGCCCAUCCCCACGUUUCAGGUCCGCCGCCUCCUGGGCUCCAUGGCCUUCACGCCCCCGCCGCUGACAUCUCCGGCGGGCGAGGCCUAUCCUGUGGACGUGGACUUCACCCUCGCAGUAGCGGUAAGGGCGGGUGCGCUGGUGCUGUACCCUCCGCCCUACGUGAGUGCGCUUUGCGAGAGCCCGCAGGCACUUGCCGCCCAGACGCUGCCUCAAGGCACCAGCUGCCAGACAGAGGGCGCUCCCACUGGGUGGAGGAGCUUCCGGCUGGUGCUUUGGAGCCUCUCCUCGCCGUGGUCCGCGAGCCGCCCCUACCACCUCCGCGUGUUGGCCGAUGCCCAGGAGCUUCCGUUCUUCCGGCGAAGCUGGACGGUCCAGCUCUUCGCCGGCACCCAGACGCAAGCUUCCCAGGAGACGCAGGCCAGCAGCUUCGGCGCUUUGGCCUCCCUCCCGGGCUUCGUGGUGGGCUCCCUCUCCGUGUCGCAGUGGCGCUGGCGCGGGUGGCUGGCGGAGCUCUCCGUGACCUGCCAGAACCCAGCGCAGGGCGCACGGAGCCAGGUUCGCGUGGAGUUCGUUGGACCGGAGAUUGCUCCUGGAGACGAGGUCUGGAUCCGCGCGCCUCCGGGAAUCCUGCUGCACCCGUUCUCCUGCUACAUCCAAGGCACUGGAGUGUCCUCUGGGGCACCGAUACCGGCUCCUUGUGAGGUUCCCGAGCCCUCCAACGAGCCUUGCUUUCCGCACGUCUACGAGACGCAGCCCUGCGCCGAUGCGGCAGAGGGCCUCCUGCCGGAGGAUGGAGGCUUCGCCCACCGCCAGGGGAUGAAGCUGAGCUUGGGGGGCAUCGCGGCCGGGACGCCUCUUCGGAUUCUGCUCGAGGCAACGCCGCUGAUCGCCGCUCAGGCCGGCAAGUGGCUGGUGAGCACCUGGCGAGACGUUUUCGAGAUGGCCGUGGCUACAGCAGAUGGCUACUCUGUCUGGCACUGGAUGGAGGUGAGCUCCUUCCGGCCUUCCACUCUUCAGCCAAACGAGCCGGCAACGCUGUCCAUCGAGUGGUGGAUGCUGUCGCCGUUAGAGGCAUUGGGCACCGAGCUGGGAUCCUUCGACCUCUCCGGGGCCCUCGAGCGCUUCUCCUGGGGAAACCUUCCCUACGCCGGGGACGCUCAGGUGCAGGCCGCUCAGGCUGUGCAAGCAAGCGCGCGGAUGCCAGACCCUGCAGAACCCGAAUUGAAUGUGUGGAUAUUUGAGACGCUGACGGCAGAAGGGUCUGUGAAGCACUAUGGACAGAUUCGCGGCUACAGGAUGCUCGGUGAGGGACUGCAGGAGCGGACAGUGUCGGUCAGCUUUUCUCUGCCCUUCGCCGUUGCCCUAAAGGAAGCAGAGGGGCAAGGACAGUGGGAGGCACAGCAGAAGCAGGCUGCGGCUCUUGGCUCCGCGUGGAUGGCAGUUCCCGGACAACUGCGACUUGAGUGUGCAGCUGGGGCCUUUCACGACAGUGGCCAGUUGCACAGCAUCGCAGAACAUGCUGAGCCUGCUUAUUUCCGGCAGCAUCAACCCGGGCAUCGAGGGAAGGUCCUUUGGGAUCCAGGUGGCAGUGAAGCCUCCAGUGAGUGUAGCGAUCCACGACUUCUGGUUCUUGGAGGCCUAUGGGGCGGUCGGCACGCCAGACACACUGGUCGAUCCGAACAGGUACGAAAGCUUGGACUUCAACUUGGAGCCUCGCUUGGCCUUGCCUGUCUUGGGCACCGCCCGGCGCCAGGGGGCAACGGGCGGCACA